AUGAGAUUCAAGGUCAACCUUAUGGCCCUGCUGUUGGCCUACCAGUCCGCAGCGCACCCUCAUGUUGGCCACCGUCGCAAUGCCGAGCACGAUAUCAAUCCCAAGGAGCAAGUCAUCGUUUGGGUCGAUCACGCUGGACACACGAUCAGUAUUGAGCAUAAGCAUCAAACCCCUACUACGACCUUCAAGAACAGACAGUCGCCCACGGAGCUGCCUCUGCUCCCAAACACCGACAAUAUCAUCACCGACAAUCUCCUCCCCAAGCUCCCCGUCGCAGUGCCUGAGCUGAACACAAACCCGGACUCCCGCUUCGGCAUCUCCUACUCGCCUUACACCAGCUACGGCACCUGCAAGACCUUCGACCAGAUAAACCAGGACAUUGAGCACCUGCGCCAUCACGCCUUCAUCCGCAUCUACGGCAUCGACUGCGACCAAACCAAGCUCGUCACCCAAGCAGCCAGACAGCACGGCCUAAAAGUCUUCGCAGGGGUCUUCGACCUCCAAAACUUCCCCGACAGCCUGCACUACAUCCGCGACGCCGCCACCGCCACAGGCGGCGACUGGUCCAUCUUCCACACCAUCGCCAUCGGCAACGAGCUCGUCAACAAGGGCCAGAAUAACCCAGCCGACGUCGCCAACGCCGUCAACACUGCCCGCGACAUCCUCCGCGGCGCAGGCUACCAGGGCCCCGUGGUCACAGUCGACACCUUCUCCGUGAUGCUGCAGCACCCGGAACUCUGCGCCGCGUCCGACUACUGCGCCGCCAACUGCCACGCCUUCUUCGAUAACAACCAGCUCCCCGAAACCGCGGGGGAGUACGCGAUCGACAAGGCGCGCCGCAUCUCCGCUGCGGCGGGCGGGAAGAAAACGGUCAUCACGGAGUCGGGGUGGCCUCAUGCGGGCCAGCGGAAUGGGCGCGCGGUGCCGUCGCCGGAGAACCAGAAGAAGGCCAUUGCGAGUCUGAGGAAGGCGUUUGCGGACGAUCCGGACUUAGUCCUCUUCACUGCGUUUGAUGACUUGUGGAAGUCGGAUAAUCAGUGGACGUUUGGCGCGGAGCGGUUCUGGGGGAUUCAGGAUACGGGGCGAGAGCGAGAGCGUGAGCGUGAGCGGGAUCGGGAGUAA